AGGAGAGAAAGAGGGCGGGAGUGGAAGCAGAGAGCUGAAGCUCAGGGGCCCAGGAUGGUGGGAAGAUGGAGGAUGUGGCGGUGAAGCAGGGCUUCCUGUACCUUCAGCAGCAGCAGACUUUUGGGAAGAAAUGGCGCCGGUUCGGGGCGGCGCUGUACGGAGGGUCGGGCUGCGCCCUGGCCCGGCUGGAGCUCCAGGAGGGCCCGGAGAAGCCUCGCCGGGGAGAGGCCCCCCGGAAGAUCAUCCGCCUCAGUGACUGCCUGCGGGUGGCUGAGGCCGGAGGGGAGGUCAGCAGCCCCCGGGAUACCAGCACCUUCUUCCUGGAGACUACGGAGCGCCUGUACGCGCUGGCGGCCCCCACUGCAGAGCGGGGUGACUGGAUACAGGCCAUCUGCCUCCUGGCCUUCCCCGGCCAGAGGAAGGAGCUGAAGGGGAAGGGCGGCCGGCCCCGCAUGGAGGAGAAUGAAUUGUACAGCAGUGCGACCACAGGGGCCCCCUGCAAGGAGUUUGCUGUGACUGUGAGACCCACAGAAGCCACUGAGAGGUGCCGACUCUGGGGAUCCUACACCCUCCGGGCCGGGGAGAGUGCCCUGGAGCUGUGGGGUGGCCCUCAGUUGGGCACCCAGCUGUAUGAAUGGCCCUACAGGUUCCUGCGGCGCUUUGGGCGGGACAAGGCAACCUUUUCCUUUGAGGCAGGCCGGCGCUGCCUCUCAGGGGAGGGCAACUUUGAGUUUGAAACCCGGCAAGGCAAUGAGAUCUUCCUGGCCUUGGAAGAGGCCAUCGCUGCCCAGAAGAACGCCUCCCCUCCUGGGCCCCCGACCCAGCCAGUCCCCAACCCUGCGGCUCUGCCCCGGCCGGAGAGUCCCUACUCCCGACCCCACGACUCACUCCCACCACUAUCGCCCACCACCGUCAGGGUUCCUGCCCCCCGGCUGCAGCGGGGCCCAGAGGGGGAGUACGCGGUGCCCUUCGAUGCAGUGGUACAGAACCCGCGGAAGAGCUUGAGGGGCAUCCUGGCCGUCCCUCCCCAGGCCCCGGCCGACCCUCUGUACGAGAGCAUCGAGGAGCACCCGCCCUCCCGACACGACCACAUAUACGAUGAGCCUGAGGGGGUGGCCGCCCUGUCCCUGUAUGACAGCCCACAGGAGAUCCGGGGUGAGGCCUGGAGGGGGCAAGCCGCAGCUGACAGGGACCCCAGCGGCCUGCAGCAUGUCUACCCAGCGGGACAGGACUUUGCUGCCUCUGGCUGGCCACAGGGGACUGAGUAUGACAAUGUCAUGGUACUUAAGAAAGGCCCAAAGUGAUGGAGGGUGGAGGAGAUGCGGACUCCGUCAGCUGCCAGGGCUGAAGUGGUCCUGUGCCUGCUGGGCCGGGCUUAGAGGCUGGUGAGAAGGCGGGGGGGGGGAGGGGGGGCAGGCGGGCCUCCCUUCUAGCUUCUGCGGCGACUCCUCCUGGCCACCGCAUCCCAGGAACCUCCCUCCGCUCCUUCCAGAACCCUAGUCUUGGCCGCCUUACUCUGGCCUGAGGAGUUGUCCCUCCCAGGGCCAGCUGGGUGAGUCACCAUCCCAAAGCAGGAAGAGUACCCUGAAGAGACCCACACUUCUCCUACCCCUUUUCCACUUCCUCUUCCCCCCGCCCCCCACCGGCCUACAUGGAACCUCCAGAUUUAGGGCAGAGGACAAAAGGAUGUCAGCAAGUGGCCCUGGCUCCUUGGCUCAUGCAGGCCACCUGCCUGCUGGUGUCCCCUUCAGGGGACAGCCGUGGCUCUGGGCAGCCUGGAGGAUGGCUGCAGCUUCCUGCAGGUUUUGGACUUCUCUGUGGCAUAAACGUUUCUGAAAUA